AGUCAUCCAUUCGGCCAGACUCAGACUCAGUCGCCACCGUUAACUCUUUGAAACUGGACGCAGCGAGCGGCAAAAGCGACGCGGGCGCGAUAAAUUCAACAGAGAAAAUAUAUUUAAUUCAAAAACACAAUUUAUAAAAAAUUUAAAAAACACAUUGGAAUAAUUUGAAAUAGUUUGAGAGAAAGUGCUAACGAAUUUAGCGCUAGAAUAAUUAUUAAGCCCAAGUGCAGUGUGACUAUUUAAUUAAAGUGUGACCAAAACUGCAAUCGAAUAUUGAUCAUUGCUUUAGUGUAAAGUGUUGUUUAGUGAGUCGCCUCCCCCGCCCUCUCCGCGAUUACUGAUCACUGGCAAAACUACCCCUAACAAAAUCGAAUCACCCCCACAAAACGACACUUGAGAAUUGAGUUGCAUGUGAACCGGCGAUCCAAUGAAAAUGGAAGAUCCCACCAUUGCAGACACAUAUGUGCAGGAAUUUAAUUUGGAUCAUUUGGGAGUUGGUGUCGCCGGUAACUCAGUGACCACACUAACGCCCGUCUCCGUGGCCGCCAUAGGACAUGUGAAGCGCGAAGAUCACAGUCCACCACAGCCGGUCAAAUGGACGACAGUGCACGGCGCAGAGCCGCCAGCGGAUGAUGAGUCGGAACCGAUGCCACUCGCAAUGCCACUGCCAAUUGCUGUGCCGGAAGCAGCCGCCGGGGACGUCGUCCAACUGGCGGCCGAAUCACACAUUAAACUACGCUCUUUUUCGGGCCAACAGUGGCAGAUGGACGAGCGGCGUCUGCAGCCGCUCAGUCCGCCGCCCGAGGGCUACGUGGGCGGACCGAUGGGCGGACAAGCCGUGCUCGUGAACACUUCCUCCUCCUCCUCGUCGGCAGCAGCGGCGGCAGUGGCUGCUGCAGCGGCUGCCGCAUCUGCCUCUGCAUCCGCCUCAGCCUCCGCUGUGCCUGGCGGCGUACCCAGCACACCGCCUGAGACGCCGCCCGUGGUCGGUUCACCAACGGGCAGCAGCAGCUGUCCCAGUCAGGCGUAUGCGCAUCACUACCAUGCCGGUCCCAGUAAUGCCACCGCGAAUGUGGCUGCUGUGGGUCUGUGUCAGGAAAUGAGAUGGCUGCCCAAUGCAAUGCGCGCCGAUCAACAGCCACUGGAUCUGCGUCCACUGGCCUGUCCCGGAUCGCAGGAAGAGGCCGAGGAAUGGGAACGUCAGCGGGAAUAUGCGAUGCAUGCGGCAGCGGCGGCUGCACACCAUCAUCAUGGCCAUCCGCUGAUGCAGAGUCACCAUCAUCAUGGACCGGGCCGGCUAAUGGCGCAGGCACAGCAUCCCUCGCAUCAUCAUUUCCACAGUCUGGAGCACGCGCUGCCCAUUAAUAUGCACUCGAAUUCCACCAACUCAUAUGCGGGCAGUCCGGGUCCCGUGACCGUGCUCGGACCCGGCGGUUCGCUGUGCCCCACGAUCAGCCAAUGCGGACCACAUAUGCCAUCGGCGGGCAGCAGUAGCGGCGCCAGUAGUGGCUCCAAUUCACGCGGCUGUGUGCGCUCUAUACUGCAGCCGUGUCGUCCGCUCUCGGCCAGCUCCUCACGCAGCUCAAACAACUCGCCACGCACGUGCUCCGGCGCAUACAGCAAUGCGACGCUUGAGGAUUGCAUCAACGAUGACAUGCUGACUACACUGACGGUGCGGGAACUUAAUAAACGCCUUCAUGGCUGUCCACGUGAGGAGGUUGUGCGUCUGAAGCAGAAGCGUCGCACGCUCAAGAAUCGCGGCUAUGCCCAGAACUGUCGCUCCAAGAGACUACAUCAACGACACGAACUGGAGAAGGCCAAUCGCCAGCUCAAUCAGGAUCUGCAUCGACUCAAGCUGGAGUAUUCGCGCGUCUGCCAGGAGCGCGACACACUGAUGCAGCGUCUGCAGCAACAGCGAACGGGAGCCGCCGGUGCGGAUAGCCAGAGUUCACCCGAGUUCUACCUAUGACGCCAACUGGCGGCGGCCUCAUCAGCUUCCACCUCAACGAACUCGCAUCAGUUGCAGUCGCAGCCACAGCAGCAGCAGCAUCGUGCCUCGCAUACACACACACAUUCGCAUCCACAUGGGCAUCCUCAUCCGCAGUGGCCACCUCAGCAGGUGGUCAAUUAAGUAAACUACACAUUAAGUGAAGCGCGACUGAAGUCAUUUCCAAAGCAAAUCUACCAUUUGAAGAAUUUUCCAAUUUCAAAACUAUACAAUGUUUAUUACCUCGACUUAUAUUUUUUACAGUCUCCACAUUUGUUUAGAAAAUUCUUUCAGAAAUAAUCUAUAACUAAUUCUGUCUUAUUCUAAAAGUGUCUCUAAAAGCUUUUUAUGAUCUCUUCCACAAUCCCUUCUCAACUAUUUUCAAGACUUUAUCUAAAACUAUCUCAAUCUUUCUCU